AUGCACAUGUUUGCUAAACCUUUCGCUCUGUGCUCUGCCGGCGCGCCGCGCCGCACUGCUGGCGCAACGGCUGGUGCCGCUUCGAUGCUCGCAUCGGCAGCGGCCGUGGCCGGGUCUCGUUGCACCCACACGAGGGCAACUCAUCCACUGGACCUUCUUCACCGUCAGAACUAUCGUGCGCGCCAAGUGGCCGAGGGGCUGUCGCCAAGCAGCGACCUGCUUGCUACGCUUCCCUGCAGCACACCCAUGUCGCUGUGCAGUUGCGGCUGCCCGCACCCGACGAGGCCGACGCUGGGCGUGCCAUGCAUGUCCUUCUACACUACCCCGGAGCUGCUGCGCGACCGUAGCUUGUCGAAGUCCCCGGCGACUGAAACUCAGGUAAAGGAAGAACUCGCCAGCCUUGUUGGCGGCCGCCUUGUUCGGUCUGUGCAACGUGAGCAGCCGCCGCGUGGUAGCGGUAUCCAGCCAUUACUGGACUACAACAAGCACUGGGCCGGCGAGAUCGUGCGGCUGAACCCGGACUACUUCGUGGAGCUUGCGAAGCAGCAGAAGCCGCAGUACCUGUGGAUGGGCUGCAGCGACAGCCGCGUGCCCGCGAAUGAAAUUGUCGGCCUCUACCCUGGCGACAUUUUUGUUCACCGCAACAUCGCGAACAUCGUAUGCAACAGCGACCUCAACGCUCUCGCCGUCAUCCAGUACGCGAUCGAGUGCCUGAAGGUGGAGCACGUGAUCGUAUCGGGGCAUUACAAGUGUGGUGGUGUAACGGCAGCCCUGCACGAGGACCGCGUGGGUCUUGCUGAUCAUUGGAUUCUGCAUGUGUCGGCAGUGAAGAAGCGCCACUGGCGGCGCAUGCUCGCUGACCUUCCUAUGCGCAACCACCUUGACGCCCUGUGCGAGCUGAAUGUUCUGGCACAGGUGGAGCACGUCGUGGAGACCCACCUGGUCCAGCGUGUGUGGACACAGCAGAACGCUGAGGAUGCCGCGGCGCAGCGCGAGAACCGCCCGUCGCGCAAUAGACCUGUGGACGAGGUAGAGAUCCAUGGCUGGGUGUACGGGCUGGAGGAUGGCUUGAUUCGGCCGUUGCUGACGCUGAAUCGCCGAUCAAGCGUAGAGAAGGAGCUUCACAAGGCGGCUGAUGCUCUCUUUUGGCGCUACGGGCAGCUGUAG